AUGUCGUCAGCAUCAACUACGCACUAUCGCUGCAUCCAUCUCACCGUGGUCGGCCUCACGGCACUCUGCCUCUUGUCGAUCUACAUCGUCUUCCUCGCGGACUUCCCCAUCGCAUCUCACUAUCACUCGGACAUCACCGUCGCCACCAACACGCACACCGCCCGCCGAAGGCUUGAGCGCCUUGGGCGCGUCGUUCGUCACCAGCAACUCAACCAACGCCCAUCCUCUCCGAAUGCCUCCGUCUCAGCCUCCGCACCACGACCUUCCGCUCCGACUCCGAGCGCCGAGACAGCACCUCGUCUCCAGCUCCAGCUCACUCCGAGACAAGAGCUCGCCGCUUUGACCUCCUUCCUCGCCGCCCACGAGCAGCACGCUCUUCCGACGGAGACGGAGUUGGGCGCGCCUUUGAACCCGGAGCUCAUCCUCGACUUCGACCCGAGUACGCCACUUGCGAGCGAGGAGCUGGCGCAGCUGCAGCUCGAUGUAUGGUACCAUAACCCGGUCGUCGUCUUUGGCAAGUCGUUACAGCCUGCGACGCGUCGGUUGCGCGAGGCGCUGGCCGAGAUGGACUUGCGCGUGGACGAGACGGUGGUGGAGCUGGACACGCGCAACGACGGAGGCAUCAUCGAGAGCACGCUUCGCCGUCUGCUUCCGGACUCGUCCGCGCAGCUUCCCGUCCUGCUCCUCAACGGACAGCACCUGCGCUUCGACGUGCGAGAGGAGGGGAAGGACGUUCUCAAGGCGGUGCUUGACGCCGCGGGGGCGUUGAAGAAGAGGGUUCCUAACAGGUGGCACAGGGAGUUGAGGAGGCGAGAGGCGAGGUGGUCUAGGGAUGAUGAGUCUGGAGAUGUGGAGCUCUAG